GGCUUAUCCAUGGAUAACACUCAAAAAUAAAUGAGGCCUGCAGCCAAGCAGAACUGCAGAUCACAGAAAGAUUGCAGCCAAUACAUAUCUUCGCACGCCCACCACUUCUCCUGUCAGCAUUGGACCUCGUUAGAUGUUGCUCGGUUAAUCUCCGCCCUAUGCUACGCUUUCCAUAUUAUAUGUGCUGGUUGCUUGCCGAGGGUGUGAGAUAAUCGUCUUAUUUAGCAACGCAAAUUCGUCUCCCUUUCUCUACAGAGGUCUGAUGAGCCAAAUUUUAAUGGCAAUAGCAUUUUAGCAGAGACGAACUCGCUCCAUCUACUUCACUGACAUCUCUUCUGGGGAGAAAGGGAGCAGUUGAACCCGUCGUGGUUGGUUACUAGCGCUGCGAAACGAUAAACGUGAGGGAAAAAGAUAUCGAGCAGCCGCAAUUGUUGCUUCCAGACAUCGAAACUGCAAUAUCAGUUGAGGACUUGAGUGAGAAGUUAUUAGUAUCUAUCGACCUUGAGCUCGCAGCAUCAGCAGCAGCUCCAAGGAGUAAACGCAUAACAGCUGGCGGUACAUAUCUCCCGUCUUCCACCGACUAAGAUUGUACCCAUUUCAUGCUGUGAUCAGGAUGUUGCUGGUGGUUGUUCUCGUCCUGUCCUGUCUUGGGGUGAUGUUAAAAAAAAGCAAGAAAGUUCGCUAACGGUUGUAAAUAAUCUCGACCCCGGAAUAACAUUUUCCCGGCCAAAACUCCGUUUUCGACUUCCGCUUCAACCUCCGCAACAAGACCAAGAUAAAUCAAAAGAAAACCCCCGUCGAGAAAAGCUAUCCUCUCUACGCCGGGCACAAUGGCGACUCCCAGCAGAUACAUGUCAUCUCUGACGAGAGGCAUCGUAUCUGCAUUCCGACCUUCCAUACGACCCAGCUCUGCGGCCGUCCUCCCCUUCCUAUGUCCUAUACAGCAGCAGGCAAGAAAUGCCCAAGUUAGAGCUAAGUCGAAAAAGAGCACUAAGGCCAAGAAGAAGUACAAGACCUAUAUUCAACAUAAUAUGAAAGAGGCGAUCCAAUUCACACUUUGCGAUGCGAUGAGAUGGAUCCGCGCAUUCGAAGUAGGAAGACCACUUUCAUCUGUCAAAUACGAAGUUCACGUCCGACUACGCUCGACCCGAGGUGGUGCCGUCGUCCGCAACCAGGUCCGCCUUCCACACUCCGUCCAGCCACUCGCUCGCGUAUGCGUGAUCUGUCCUCCAGACUCGAAGGCCGCAAAGGAAGCUGCCUCAGUGGGCGCUGAUGUAAUCGGCCAAGAAGAAGUUUUCGAACAAAUUAAAAAGGAAAAUAUUAAUUUCGAUCUGUGUAUCUGCCACACUUCGAGUCUGGCUGCCAUGAACAAGGCCGGGCUGGGCCGAAUUCUCGGUCCCAAGGGCCUGAUGCCCAGCGCCAAGCUGGGCACCGUGGUAGAUAACAUUGCGAAGACAGUGCGGAACAUGCGUGGAGGAACGUCCUACCGGGAAAGAAUGGGUGUUGUCAGAGUGGCAAUUGGACAGUUGGGCUUCUCGCCUGACCAGCUGAAGCAGAAUAUUGUCACUCUUAUCUCGCAAUUGAAGAAGGAUGCUUCUAUGCUAGAUGAGGCGUCCAAGGACGUGUUGGAAGUGGUUUUGAGCUCAACCAACUCGCCCGGCUUCAGUUUGAAUGGGGACUUCAGAAGUCCAGAUUCUCCUCCCGUCCAUGCCUUAACGGGACUUUGAAUCACAUUACAUUGUAUAAAUAGUUGUCUUCAUUUCCAGUGUUUAAAUACAUGGCGUUCUAUGGUCUCCUUUGAUAAAGAGAAAUAAAUAAAUCCGCACAUAACUCCCAAAACUCCGUGAUAUUGCCCAACCCUCGUUUGUCCAAUCUACCAGCAAGAAAUCAGGAAAUCACGUAUUAAAUUUCCAGCUUCUUCACGGCUGUUUCUGCGUCAGUAAAGUCAUCCGUUUUCUCUCCGAUAAGCUGAUACAGGCUCAUGACAGACUGUAAUUUUUGCUCCCGGUUCUUCCCAUAUUGUUUCGUCUGCUGUAAUACAGUUUUCAAAUCCAGCAUCAGUGCCGCUUUUAUUCGCUCCAUUCUAUCCUCUUGCUGGACGAUAAACGGAUGCUUCUCGCCCACCCUCCCACAAAUCGUCCUGAUAUAUAAAUACUUGCGUAUGUGUCGGUCGAGUCUAGAUAGAGAUACCAUCGGGGCGCGACCGCUGUCACCUCCACUUACACCCAUAUCACCGUCAUCGUCGGGCCCAUCACUGUCCUCUGUUUCACUUUCGAUAAUCCCAUCCGAGUCGUCAUCGUCGCCAUCGCCACCAACCCCGCCAGUAGUUUCCACCUGCCAUUUCUGCUUCGCCCUCUCAUCGG